UAUGUAUAUUUCAGGAGAGGAGACGCUGACUGACGCUCUGACUGCUGCUGGACAAACAUACGAGGAGAUCGCAGAGAUCGUCGCUCAGCAGCCUCAGAAGGACCUUCACUUCCUGUUGGAGACGAACGGAGAAUAUAAAGGUCUGCUGGGAUGUUUCCCAGAAAUCAUUGCUGUACACAAGGUACUUGUACCACACACAGUACUACUAACGCUUACACUGUAGUACUACAACACGCAGUAGUAUUUCAAAGAAAGAAUUUUUGUCGUUAACGUACUUUAAACGGAAAACGUUGUCUCACCUGUUAACUUUAACGAGGGGGUGGGGCUUCACGUGAGGUUUUGGUGAUGUCACUGAGGGGGCGGGGCUUCAUGUCAGGUGUUGGUGAUGUCACUGGGGGGGCGUGGUCUGUGUGUUCAGGCUGCUUCAGAGAAGGUGAAGGAGGCCGACCGUCUGGUUUCUGCAGGAAGAAUCAGCAACAACGACAAGAAGAGCAUGAACCACCGACUCAGCUGCAUGAGCUACUCUCUGCAGGCUGAGAUGAAUCAUUUCCAUAGUAACCGUAUCUAUGACUACAACAGAGUGAUGCAGCUUUACCUGGAGCAACAGGUGACCUUCUACCAGCAGAUCGCUGAUAAACUGAGAGGCGCUCUGACACGAUUCACCACACUGUGAGGAUGACAUCACUGCCCGAUGACAUCACCGUGACGUCAUCACAGCUACACUCUUAACAAGAUAGUGACAUCAAACGUUCUAAUAUGAUUCUAUUUAAAUACUUUGUUUGAAUUCUUCAUGUUUUAAAAAAUAUUAAUGUUUGAACUGUAUUUUCACAUUAAAUUCAUCUUUGUACUACUUCAUUGAUUACUUAUUGAUAUCACAGGUAGUACUACUUCGUUUCUAUUAUUAACCUCAGGUAGAAUAUAUUUAUUAUAUUAAAUUAGGCCUUUAGCAAUAUGCUGGUACACUAAAUAUAUACAAUUUAAACUUCAAAUAAAAGUAUAUUGUUUAUAACAAUUCUCAGAUAAAAAGUAUUUAAAAAAUGAUAUCUAAUUUUAAAUAAGUCAUAUCUGCAGUCUAGAUAAAAUACUUUACAUAUUUAUAUUAAUU